CAUAACUAUCUCUAGAAUUUCUAGUAUGUCAGCAAUGCUAGCAGAAAAAGGAAUUCAUUGCAAAAGAAAGAAAUAUUUAAAGUAAAGAGAAACAAGAAUAUAAAAAGAAGAAAAAACUUUAAGAAGGAAAGAAAGUAACACAAGGAAGGCCAAGAUAAAGAAGUGGGGGGAAACUUGACAGUAUAAGAAAGCGAUUUGAGGUAUUCAGGACUCAUUUCUGUCUCACAAAACUCAUCAGCCAUGUUGCAGUACGCCUUGUUUCUCAUGAUGCUCCAGUUUGUAUUUAACGUUGAAGUUGAAGCCAGUGGAAAGAAUAUCUUUUGUUAUUACAGUAGCUCGGCCAAUGCUCGUCCUGACGUCGGGAAAUUUUGGCCUGAAUACAUUGACCCCUUCCUUUGCUCUCAUCUUAUAUUUGCCUUUGUUGACAUCACUAAGGAUGGGAAGGAUCUGAAACCCAAUAACUGGAAUGAUCUAGGCCCUGAUGGCCUGUAUAAAAGAACGAUGGCGCUGAAAACGGUCAACCCGAAGCUAAAGAUAUUGAUGGCAGUAGGAGGCUGGAAAAUUGGUUCCAAACCAUUUUUGCCAGUGGUGAAGAACAAAGAAAAUAUUAGAAUUUGGGUGAAAAACGUUAUUACAUAUCUUCGGAAAUACAAGUUCGAUGGUUUGGAUAUGGAUUGGGAAUUUCCAGGAACCAGAGGCAGUAAAGCGUCGGAUAAAACCUUAUACACUUUCCUCAUGAAGGAACUCUACGAGUCAUUCGAAGAGGAAGCUGACAAAACAGGGAACUCCAAACUUUUGUUGACAAUGGCAACAGCAUCCAGUAGUUUCUAUAUUUCAAAAGCCUACGAACCUAAGGAGAUUGUCAAGUACAUGGAUUACAUGCUGCUUAUGACUUACAACUAUCAUGGUUCCGGUUGGGAGAAGAAAACAGGCCAUCACAGCCCCCUUUGGGCACACCCGGACGAUAGCCCGGGGGAACAGAAAGAACUUCACCAGCAUGCACCAGCAGAUGGGGGUGCUGAAAAGGGCAAAUACACUGGAGAACAGGGAAUCCUAUCGUUUUAUGAGAUCUGUGAGAAGAUUCAACUAGAGAACUGGACAGUGGAAUGGAUUGACAGCCAGAAGGUACCAUUUGCUCAUGGCAAUGGAGAAUGGGUUGGCUUUGAGAAUCCAGACAGUAUUUCUUUAAAGGCAGACAAUAUUGUUAAAAGAGACUUGGCUGGAGCGUUCUUGUGGUCAGUGGAGAUGGAUGACUUCAGUGGUCACUGUGGAGAGGAAAAAUAUCCACUGAUAUCUACAGUAUAUAAGAUACUGUCAAUGGCUUCCGAUUAUGAUGAUGGUCUGUCUUCCAGAGCUGGUGGCAAGCCACCAAUAUCUGUGAAAGAGAAAAUCCAGUUUCAAUGUAAAGCACUAGGACUGUUUGCAGCCCCAAACUCAUGUGAACAUUUCUACAUCUGUGUUCCUGCUGAUAACUAUGAAUUCAGACCAAUAUUGAUGAAUUGCCCUGCUGGAACCCGAUUCGAUUCUGACCUUAAAAUUUGUAACCAUGCUUACCUGAUUGAUUGUGACUGAUCAAUAGAGUGCUAGUUUUUAUUUUUGCAAUUUUUUUUUUUUCGUACUUGUUUUUCCAUUCGUUUGUGUUUUUUUUUUUUUUUUUGUACUUUCUUCGGAUUAUGAAGGCAGCGUGCUAGUUUGGAAGAAAUAAGGAAAUUUUCAUAAGAACAAAGAGUAGAAAUGAUGGAAUUUUUGUUCUUGGAGUACUACUACUUUGUAACAAAAAUCUGAAAUUUACCUCAACAUU